UGACAAAAUGGAACACACCAGCAGUGUGAGGAGACCUGAAAGUGGCACAUGGCAGAGUGUGGCGAUGGAGACAGCAGCAAUGGGAGGGCCGUACAGGGACCCAUGAACACUCUGGACCUGGCAGCAGCAUGAGGAGGCGGUACAGGGGCCCAUGCAAUUUACGGGCCUGGCAGCAGCAAUGGGGAGGCCCGUAAUCUGCCAGCACCCUAUGACAAAAUGGAACCCACCAGCAUGUGUGAGGAGACCUGAAAGUGGCACAUUGGCAGAGUGUGGCGAUGGAGACAGCAGCAAUGGAGGCCGUACAGGGACCCAUGACAGACUCUGGACCUGGCAGCAGCAU